GUUAAGUAUAACAUUAAAGUAUAGUAGGCAGAUUUGCUGAAGCAUGUUCAGUCAUUGCUUAAUUGUGCGAAUACCUGAGUCAGAUGCGCGUGUGUGAUGCUCAUGAUUAUAAUGGCAUCUGUUCGUUAAUUGCAACAUGACGCAAACAUUGUCACAAGAUUUGGCGUUCAUUGAUGAUUUAAAUAUGGAAAUUUUGAUUUUAUCGUCAUUUGGAUAAGAAGACAACAAAGAACUAAUAAUAUUGUCGCAAAGAUAUAUUUUCUAUCUAGUUGAACUCCGCAAAUACUGAUGGAUACUAAGAGGAUAUGCAUUUUCAUGUUUUUCAUUUUCGAUAUCGUAUCGGUCUCUGUCGCUGUCAUCUGUGAUAACAUUACGAUGUCGGAAGCUAAUGGAACAAUUGCAUCACCAGCAUACCCCGCUGGGCCGUUAAGCGUUGGAAACUGCACAGAAUGGACUUUGCCGCGUAGAGACAAUCACUUGAAAUCUACCCUGGUGAUUCACUUGAAUAGUACCAGCCUACACUACAAAAGCAAAGGGUCAAAGAAGUUUACCAAAGCAGAUUUGGAAAUAGGAGGUGUGAGAAUCACAAGUCUUCCUUCCGGCACUUGCUUAAUAUUUCAACCAAAUUCAAAAUGUAAUAUCAACAAGUGGGAAAAUUGUUCGUAUAAUAUUUACUAUUUUGACGAUGUUCCGUCAAUGAAGAUUAAGUAUUCAAUCAAUUGGUUUUGGAACGCUUGGGGUCCCCCUUCAUUCGAUUUAGAAUAUAAAUAUAUCUCCUGUACAUUGGAACAUGAAGUCAAAGGUACUUCCAUACCCUAUACUAAUUUCAAUAGCAAUACCGAAAAAAACAUAGUUACAGAAAGUUCCACAAAAGAUGUUUAUGGAAGUCUCGCAGCUGCAAUUAUCUUUGCUGUCUUAGCUACAAUUGAAGCGGCGGCUCUCGUUGUUAUUUGGAUUAUAAGAAAGAGGGAUCAACAAAGCAAAUCUUCAAACAAAAAAGGUAAUGGAAUCAUAAACUCACAAUUUAAACCUGAUAAAAAAGUGGAUUCACUGUCAAAUGUUCAAUUAUCAGAACCAGAAAAUAUUUACGAAGCUCCCCUUGAUAACGAUGUGUAUCAAGUUACAUCUGGUAACCUCAAUACAUCCCCAGCUGACGCGUCAGAUGCCUACGAUAUGGCCCAAAGUCAUGAAAUGGUAUACAAUGAACUUUAUACAAUGCAGUAACUACUUUUACGUGGAGAAAGUUAUUAAAAGACACCAAUAAGACGCCCGAAUUGGUGAAAGAAUGUAGAAAGCGUAUGGGCACGACUUACGUCAGCUCGAAACCAGAAAGAAAGUCGGUAAAAACGAGUUGCUCAAGUAUACUUUCCACCAACAAUCAUUUGUUGGCCAUAUCAUUUGUUAUUAUUGUGCGAGACUUUUUUAUACACUUAUAUCCAAAAUUACUUAUACUUGCAAGAGUAAUUAUUUGUUUGGACAAAAUUAAUACUAGAGCAUAGCAUAAACCGCAAAACUAAAAAACAUUUACAACACCGAAUUUGACAAAGAAAAUAGAAAAAUUGCACUAUGCAAUUCAAGAGUCAUCGUCACCCGCGCACUGUUUGGGUAGUAUUGAGAACCAUUCUGUGCUACGACUGAAAAUAAGACGACAAAUCUCAAAAAUAAGGACGAUCUUGAAGUCUUGUUUAUAAACUUAUAAACUAGAAAUAGUCAAGAAUCAUUACCCUAGAUGAAAAUGAUAGGAAUUGUUACAAAUGAUGUGAUGUUUUAAUUCAACAACGAAUAUGUCGGAACUUUAAAUAUCCCAAUGGAUUAGAGUCUCGUCAAAAAUGCAUAAUAAUAUUUCAAUUUUUAGUCAAGGAAAGGUAACGCCGGUGGUAUGAACUAUUUUAUUUAGGAAUUAAAACGAAUUUCAUGAUUUUAUUAAUCUUAACCGUCAUAUUUCCGAAGUGCACUUACUAUUUUGCUUGUUUUAAUAAAUAUAUUUAAGUAGCGAAAGUACAUCAUAUUAAUAUCUCACAUUCCACAUUUUCUAUUGCAGUCUCAUUGACUAGUCAUCCUUGAAAGUUCAUUAUAUAAGAUUUUCAUUAGAGGAUGGUAUGCAGUCGAAUUUUCCAUUACCUGAUCAUUGAAUAUUGUAUUGAAAAGGUUUUUUCAAGCGAAUAUCAAGCGAAUUAAAUCGAAUAUCAAGCGAAUUAAAUUUUCAAGUUAAAUAAAGUUUUGAACUUACAACAACUUUUUUUAAAGUACAGAACAAACAAAACCAACAAUGAUACUGCUGCAACAACUUGAUGCAGUCAGAAUUUUAUUCAGCAAAUGUUGUGAUUAGUUUUUGAUAGGAUGAUUGUAAUAACUACGGUAUUAUGACGGUAAUAUUUCCAUUUGACUCAAACAAAAAGAAUUUUGCCCAAAACGUCAUUUUUAUAUGAAUCUACUUGUAAUGAAAAUAGCUAUUAAGCUCAAACCGUAUCGAGGUAAAGCAGAUAACAAAAUACCUGAUCAACAUAGCUCUCAUUCCGUUUAUUCUAUUUUAUUAGGACAUAUAUGAGGCCUCGAGGUAAACCUGAAAUCAACGAUAUUGAUAAAGGAUCCUCAUUUUUUUGGAAAGUCCGUGGUU